AUGUCGUCGCAGCCACCGCAAACCAAGGUUCGUCGAUCGGUCUACUCGACGCUGCAUGCCCCUCCCUCCACGCGAAACACCACCGCGUGCCAUCCAUCCUCGCGUCGCAGGCACAUCCUGGGUCAAGGGUCAAUCCACACCAUCACGAUGUGCUCUUUUGAUGGUUCACUGCAUUCACUUUCUGGAAUGACUCGCCGCACUGCCUCCGCACGCGAGAGCGCGAAAUGACCAAACAUGCUGACCCCCCCCCCCCCCCACGCUCUCUCCUCUUCCUCCGUGGCCAACGUCGAUCGCCGAUCUCAAUCCGACUCUCAAUCCAUCCAACACACGAUACACCCACAAACAGCCCUUGAACAAGCCGCGUCGAGCCGUACGUGCCGUCGUCUCCGGCCUCGGGGACGAGAACGCCGCUUCGUCCCUCGCCGCUGCCCAAGCACCUCGAUUGGCCGGCAAGUCCUCCACCACCUCGUUGCGUGUCGCUGGUGCAGCCGUCGGUACUGCCAAAUCCGUACUCGGUGCGACGAACGGCCAUGCACACGGAAAAGCCUCGUCGAUCAGCACCGUCGGUCAACCUCGACGAGCGUUGGGUGACGUAUCCAACGCCACGGGGCCUGCAGGUCGCGUAAGUUCAUCACCCAACUCGAUGCUCAUGCACGACAACCGCUCACAACCAUUCUACUGUACACAGGCGAACGCCGAUCGAACAUCCAAAGAUUCGUUAUCGCUCGGCGUAGCAGGUAAACCCACCACCGUCGUCGGUACCUCUCGAACACGAACCAGUUCGGUCCCCCUAUCCCAACAAGCCCAAACCGCUCCUCAACCGCCUUCCUCAACGGGAACAGGCCUCUCUCGAUUACGCAUCGGGUCGGGUAACGUCGCUGUGGGAGGUCCGAGUAAAGCUCGUCGAGUCCCCAGCGCCGUACCUGCGGAACCUCCGGUGGGAGGGUUGAAGGCCCCCGGUGGAGCUUUGAGAGGUGCGGAAUGGAAUGGCGCUUGGGGAGGCGAAGGCUCCAACCACCAUGCUUCUGGAUCGAAUGCUGCUUCGAUCGGUCUCGGGAUCGAGAUGAAUGGCCACUCGCUCGCUUCGAUGAUGUCCAGUCCUUCGAUGAGUAACUCGCUCAAACAAGGCCACCAUCUCGACCUCGAAGACGAAGACGAGGAGACGCAAGCUCUAAUCGAUCACGAGAACGGUGGGCUUUACCACGACAAUCUCGAGAUCGACGAAGAUGAGGAUGAUCAAGAAGGGGAAGACGAAGAUGAAGUCAUGGAUCCCGAGGAUUGGGUCCGUAAUGUCGAUCAGGAGGACGAGAUCGAAUCGGAAAAAGUACUGGAUUUGAUCCGUCGCGAGUUCGAUGAACAAGUCGAUUAUUGGGACACAACUAUGGUCGCCGAGUACUCGGAUGAGAUUUUUGCUUACAUGUCCGAACUGGAGGUAUGUCGCUGUCUCGAGGAGGGAGUCUCUGACACUGGGCAACGUUGACUGACUACUUCAUUGGCGGUGAGUGUAUAGGAAACGUGCAUGCCCAACCCUCGUUACAUGGAUCAUCAGAGCGAGAUCGAGUGGUCAGUCCCAAGUCUCCUCUUUCGACUAUGCUCCACCGGAACUAGGAAUGAACUCACACCGGUACCAACCCUUGCUCCAGGCCAAUGCGAACAACUUUGAUCGACUGGCUUCUCCAAGUGCACAUGCGCUACCACAUGCUUCCCGAAACGCUCUGGAUCGCCAUCAACAUCAUCGACCGCUUCCUGUCGAACCGCGUCGUCUCAUUGGUCAAAUUUCAACUCGUCGGUGUCACAGCCAUGUUCAUCGCAGCCAAAUACGAAGAGAUCCUCGCCCCUUCCGUCGAAGAAUUUGUGUUCAUGACCGAGUCCGGUUAUACCCGGGACGAAAUUCUUAAAGGGGAGAGGAUCAUUCUCCAAUCCCUCGAAUUCAACAUCUCUCCGUACUGUUCGCCUUAUUCAUGGGUGAGGAGGAUUUCGAAAGCGGAUGAUUACGACUUGCAGACGAGAACGUUGAGCAAGUUCCUCAUGGAGGUUACGUUGUUGGAUCAUCGAUUCUUGAGGGCCAAACCGAGUAUGAUUGCCGCGAUUGGGAUGUACCUUGCUAGGAGGAUGUUGGGUGGCGAUUGGGUAAGUCUUUACUGCCGUCCUUGCUCGCGUACGUUCCCCAGAGCUCGACGAACUCAUCCCCUUUGUUCUUGAUGGCCCUCAGAACGAAUCCUUCAUCUAUUACUCCAACUACACCGAACCUCAACUAUUCGUACCCACGGGAUUCCUCCUCGAAUCCAUCGUCGCGAUCGAUUUCGAUCACAAGUUCGUUUACAAAAAGUAUGCGAACAAGAAGUUCCUCAAGGCUUCGAUCUUUGCGAGGAAUUGGGCAAAGGCGAACGCGUUGCAGGAGUUCAAUGUCGACGUACCGGGAAGCGCUUAG